GGCAGUGACAUGGAGGAGGCGCCGUUCCACAAAGUCAGGACCAGGAGGAAGCGCUGCCCCUGCGCCCCCGGGUCGCCGCUGGACGCCGUCGACUGCGAGGACGAGUUCGACUGCAAGGAGCUGGAGUCCCUGUUCCAGACUUACAACCUGAAGCUGGAGCAGACCGCCACCCUGAAAGCCCUGGCCGUGCUCAUCGUCAUGACCGCCACCCUGGCCGUGGUGGAGCUGAUGGCCGGUCCCAGGCUGACCAUCUCCAAGGGGUCCCACCCGGUGCACUGCAUCAUCUUCGUCUCGCUCUUCAUCGUGACCAACGUCAAGUACCUGCAGGUCACGCAGCUGCAGCAGAUCGUCAAGCUCACUCUGCUCUUCGCCUUCACUUUUUCUUUCCUCUGCUGCCCCUUCUCGCUCGGAGCCCACGGCUUGGAGCCGUCCAGCUCCCCGGAGCGCGGCAUGUGGCAGCUCAUGCUGGUGACUUUCGUGGCCUAUUCCCUCCUGCCCGUGCGGACCUUGCUGGCCGUGGUCUUCGGGCUGAUGGUGGCUGUUUCUCACCUCAUCGUGACCGCCACCUCGGUGACGUCCGAGAGGCAACGCUUCUGGCGCACUCUUGUGGCCAACGCUGUUCUGUUUGCCAGUGUGAACGUGUCCGGGGUGUUUGUGAGGAUACUGACUGAGAGGGCACAGAGGAAAGCCUUUCUCCAAGCCAGGAACUACAUCGAGGAGCGACUCCGCUUAGAAGAUGAGAACGAGAAACAGGAAAGACUUCUAAUGAGCCUGCUUCCCAGAAAUGUAGCAAUGGAAAUGAAGGAAGAUUUCCUGAAACCUCCGGAAAGGAUAUUUCACAAAAUAUACAUCCAAAGACACGACAAUGUCAGCAUUCUGUUUGCAGAUAUAGUUGGCUUCACAAGCUUGGCAUCCCAGUGCACCGCACAGGAACUGGUCAAACUAUUAAAUGAGCUUUUUGGCAAGUUUGAUGAGCUAGCUACGGAGAACCACUGCAGAAGGAUUAAAAUCCUUGGGGAUUGCUAUUAUUGCGUAUCAGGUCUCACUCAACCGAAAACGGACCACGCUCACUGCUGUGUUGAAAUGGGAUUAGAUAUGAUUGACACAAUCACGUCUGUAGCUGAAGCGACGGAGGUUGAUUUGAACAUGCGUGUGGGUCUCCAUACAGGGAGGGUGCUCUGUGGGGUGCUUGGUCUUCGCAAGUGGCAGUAUGACGUUUGGUCCAAUGAUGUGACCCUGGCAAAUGUAAUGGAAGCUGGUGGACUGCCUGGGAAGGUUCAUAUAACAAAGACCACGUUGGAGUGCCUGAAUGGGGAUUAUGAAGUUGAGCCAGGGCUCGGACAUGAGAGAAACAGUUUCUUAAAAAAGCACAGCAUUGAAACCUUUUUCAUUGUGCCGUCUCAUCGAAGGAAGAUAUUUCCCGGGUUGAUUCUCUCAGACAUAAAACCUGCAAAAAGAAUGAAAUUCAAAACCGUGUGUUACUUGCUUGUUCAACUCAUGCACUGUCGCAAGAUGUUCAAAGCCGAGAUCCCGUUUUCCAAUGUCAUGACAUGCGAAGAUGAUGACAAGAGAAGAGCACUGAGGACAGCAUCUGAGAAGCUCAGGAACCGAACAUCCUUUCCAACAAAUGUCAUUCACAGCACUGCAGGAACUCGGGUAAACCGAUACAUCAGUCGAUUGAUUGAAGCUCGACAAACCGAGUCUGAAAUGGCAGAUUUACAUUUUGUUACCUUAACGUACAAACAGAGUGAAAGAGAGCAGAAAUACCAUCAGCUUCACGAUGAAUAUUUCACCAGUUCAGUCAUUCUUUCACUUAUACUCGCUGCCUUAUUUGGCCUUGUGUACCUUCUCAUAAUACAACAGAGUACAGUAGUUCUUGUCCUCCUGGUAUUCUGCAUUUGUUUCCUGGUUUCUUGUAUAAUGUAUCUACACGUUACUCGAGUACAGUGUUUUCCAGGGUGCCUGACGAUACAAAUUCGAACAAUUAUCUGUGUCUUCAUAGUGGUCUUAACUUACUCUGUGGCCCAGGGAUGUGUGGUCGGCUGUAUGCCUUGGAUAUGGACUAACAACUCCAGCAGUUCUAUUGUUAUCAUUGACCCGGAUGGCGUAAAUAAAACAAUGCCUGAAAAGCCCUGUGAAACUGCCCAUUACUCUUUUCUCGCUUGUGUUGUUGGAACACUAAGUCUCGCAAUAUUCUUGCGCAUAUCUUCAUUGCCAAAAAUGAUUCUGCUCCUCCUUGUCACAAUAUUAUACAUAACUGUUCUUGAGAUUAGCGGAUACAGAAGAGCAGUGGGGGGUGGCUCAUUUUACAUACGAGGAUACGAACCGAUUUUGGCAAUCUUACUCUUCACUUGUGCACUGGCCCUUCAUUCCAGACAGCUGGACCUGAAGUUACGAUUAGACUACCUCUGGGCUGCGCAGGCAGAAGAAGAGAGAGACGACAUGGAACGGGUCAAGCUUGACAACAAACGCAUCCUCUUUAAUUUACUUCCAGCUCACGUUGCACAACAUUUUUUGUUGUCCAAUCCAAGAAAUAUGGACCUGUACUACCAGUCCUAUUCACAAGUGGGUGUGAUGUUUGCCUCAAUUCCCAAUUUCAAUGAUUUUUACAUUGAACUGGAUGGGAAUAACAUGGGGGUGGAGUGUUUGCGGCUCUUAAAUGAAAUUAUUGCUGACUUUGAUGAGCUAAUGGACAAGGAGUGCUAUAAGGAUAUAGAGAAGAUAAAGACAAUCGGCAGCACUUAUAUGUCAGCAGUUGGACUUGUACCUACAACGGGAACCAAGGCAAAACGGUCAAUUUAUUCCCACCUCAGUACUCUGGCGGAUUUUGCUAUGGAAAUGUUUGACGUUCUUGAUGAAAUUAACUAUCAGUCAUACAAUGACUUUGUCCUGAGAGUUGGCAUAAAUGUUGGACCGGUAGUGGCCGGUGUGAUUGGAGCAAGAAGACCACAGUAUGACAUCUGGGGUAACACUGUGAAUGUUGCCAGCAGAAUGGAUAGUACUGGGGUUCAAGGCAAAAUACAAGUAACAGAAGAUGUCCAUCGAAUACUCAAGAAAUGUAAUUAUGACUUUCUGUGUAGGGGCAAAGUGAGUGUGAAAGGAAAAGGAGAAAUGUUAACAUAUUUCCUUGAAGGAAAAGUGAACAGCAAUCCACAAGUACACUCAGCAAGUUCAGAGAGGAAAAUGUAUUCAUUUGGAAGAGCAAAUAUUCAGGCAAAGCUAGGAACAAGCUGUCCAUCGGUAUCAUCGGUAGCCAGCUUUACAGUAAAGGCUGGACUUGGAGCACUUCAGGCCUCUACAAAUCAUGCAAAUCAAACUGUGAACUACCUUUCACCUGUACCAGUUGUCAAACAAGCAUGAUAACAUUUGGUGUAAGUAAAUCUGUAUUUGGAAUUGAUGAGAAAGGAGAAAAACAGCAGACUCUUCUUUAAUGCAGUUGUGGUUAUCUUUGGAGAAGGCUUUGACUUUGGAAGUCAGGCACCAGGGAAAGCCACAUCUUCCUGAAUAAUCAGCAGGAGGAUGUGAGUCACGUGAAAGCCAAGAAUCACUGCAUUCCGGCCAAAGAGCAAAACUUUGGGUGUCACAAUAUAAUAUUCUUGGAACGGCAAACAAAAGGGCUAACUAUCUGUUGGAAGAAGUAAAGAACCAUAUUUCUGGCAAAGACGGAUAUCUUUCUAUGUAAAAUGAAAAUAAUUUUAGAAGUCUUAAUGAACUAUAACUAGAAUUUGUGCAUUUUAAAUUUCUGCAUGUUUUCUAGAUGUAUUCAGCCACUGCAUUUAUCACAUGACUGCUUUUAUUAUGAGAAUUCGUACUCAUAUUUAUAUCGUUGGCCAUUCCUUGGUUUCACAAAUUGUCAAAAUUGUGUACUAUUGCCUUAUUUAAUUUAUUUUUUAAACGCAUAGCAUUUUCAAAGUCUGCCUUUUUCAUAUAAUUCUCUGCAAGAAUUUAUUGUAUGUAAUUCCUGUAAAUACCAUUAUUAAUUAUGCAGUAUGAAAUGCGUAUGGUAUAUAAAAAGCACAUGUCAGAUGACGUAGUUAAUUUUUAUAAUGACGUUUUCUUGGUAUAAGCAUGACCAUCGACAUUGCUUUAUAAAUUGCAGUAUUCUUUUUGCUGACCUUAAUUCAAACCCAUCAUAUAUCAAAACUACAGAACUCCCAUUCAUUAUAGCUAAUCUUUGCCAGAGAGAUAUAGGCAGAUUACAGUGACAAAGCACUUCCUGGAAUGGUGAAAACCUUUCGCUGCCAUUUAUUUUCCUAGGGGCCAUAACUAAUACUCAGUAGCAAUAAAUGUCAAUUGUAAGAAUAGGUGUAGAACAUUUUGCAAAGAUUCAAAGGAUGGUUAAUGGGCUUGUUCUGCAGCAUUCAUUUGCUGAUAGUUUCAAUAUAUGGUCUACAUUGAUGAAUACCGCAGCUCAAAAGGUGGGAAAAGCAGGCUGGGGGCUGUUAGGUUUUUUAAUCAUUGUGGCCUCAUGGUUAUAUCAAAUGUUUUGCAAAAAUAUUCCUUUUAAGUAU